GCCCGAGUCAGGCAGGCUGGCCAGAUGGUGGAGUUUGCGCCCUUGUCCGUGCCAUGGGAGCGCAGGCUGCAGACCUUGGCGGUCCUACAGUGGGUCUUCUCCUUUUUGGCCCUGGCCCAGACCUGCAUUGUGGUCUUCAUCGGCCUCCUGUUCACGAGGUUCUGGUUCUUUGCUGUCCUAUAUGCGACCUGGUGGUACCUGGACCGAGACACUCCGCGGCAAGGGGGCAGGCGCUGCCAGGCCAUGCGAAAGUGGGCCAUAUGGAAUUACAUGAGGGACUACUUCCCCAUCUCGCUCGUGAAGACCGCUGAGCUGGACCCCUCCCGGAAUUAUAUUGCGGGUUUCCACCCCCAUGGGGUCCUGGCGGCAGGAGCCUUCACCAACCUGUGCACUGAGAGCACUGGCUUCUCUUCCAUCUUCCCGGGGAUCCGCCCCCAUCUGAUGAUGCUGACCUUGUGGUUCCGGGCCCCUUUCUUCAGGGAUUACAUCAUGACCUCGGGGCUGGUCACGUCAGAGAAGGAGAGUGCUGCUUACAUUCUGAAUAGGAAGGGCAGCGGGAACUUGCUGGGCAUUAUCGUAGGAGGCGCCCAGGAAGCGCUGGAUGCCAGACCUGGAGCUUACAAGCUGUUACUGCGGAACCGCAAGGGCUUUGUCAGACUCGCCCUGAUACACGGGGCAGCUCUGGUGCCCAUCUUCUCUUUUGGGGAGAAUGACCUAUUCGACCAGGUUAAGAACUCUUCUGGCUCCUGGUUGCGCUGUGUCCAGAAUCGGCUGCAGAAGAUCAUGGGCAUCUCCCUCCCUCUCUUCCAUGGCCGUGGCGUCUUCCAGUACAGCUUCGGGUUAAUGCCCUACCGCCGGCCCAUCACCACCGUGGUUGGGAAGCCCAUUGAGGUGCAGAAGACGCCGUUCCCCUCCCAGGAGGAGGUCGACCAGCUGCACCAGCGCUACAUCCAGGAGCUGAGUGACCUCUUCGAGGCUCAUAAGCACAAGUUCAACAUACCCGCACACCAACAUCUGGAGUUCUGUUGAGCACCUCCAGCGAGGGGGGGCGGGGGGCGGCUGCCAGGGCAGGGCUGGCAGGGAGUCCUGUCCGAGGUGCUGUGGAUCUGAGAAGGCCUCCUGGCAACACUCCUUGAAUAGUCUCCCGAGCUUGCCCCAACCUUGCAAAUCCAGCCCAGGUCGGCCCCAAGUCAGAGCCAGCAACAUGGAAGAGGAGGCCAAACGUGGGCAUCUGCAAUUUGCACUUCUGCUGCUACGUCUCCACAAGGCUUUCUCUCCUGGGCUGCCGCCGUCUGCUCGUCUGUGUCAUGGGAGAGAGGGCUAGAAGAGAAUGAUUUCUGAGGCCUCUCCCCUUUGUUAUGUCACUCAGUGGGCAAGGAGCAGAGAACAACAAGGUUCUGCCUGCCUGGCCUUGAAUGACAGCACAAGGAAAGGCUCCCAGCUCCAGCCCCUUCUCCAAACACUCCAAUCCUGCACCCUGGAUGUCCCAGCUCUUCCUUCCCUGAGCUGGAGAGGAAAGUGAAGCCAGUAAGCCCCUGCAUGAAGCCAAGGCACCGCUGAGUUUCUGGAGCCUUUGAGCUGUGCAGUGGUAAGAACUGCCUUCUGCCACCCACUGGCUGUCUGACUACGGGCAGGCCCCUGUCCCUCCCUGUGAGCCUCAGUUUCCCUAAGGUGAUCGCUGAGUCUUAGCUCUGGUGUCACAGAUGCUGAGAGCUGCAUGAAGACACCUCUGAGUCAUCCUUUGUAACUUCAGCCUCUGACCUAAGCACAAAAUGGGAGCUCUGCUAAUGUGAGUUCAA